CAAAGCGUCCGCAUCAAUUCUAUUACCUCCCAACUUGUUUUACUACAUUACCACUUCUUAGAGUUCUGUAAAAGUCGCAUUAUUUCAUUAAAAUUCGCACAGAAAAUAAAUUUUAAAAAAUAUAUCGGAAUGUUAUCAUUGUCAAGGCUCACAAUCAUCUAAGGCUUAAAUUAUAAGCUGAAUUAGGCUCUUUAUCACUAAUACUUCUUAUCAGUUGAUUUCUUAUCAUUUGGCAUGGACUGUAAAUUACUUUAGUUUGCUUGGACUGGUGUACUUGUGUGGUAUUCCAUUUCUACAACAAAAUCUAAAAGUAUUAUUUUUAAAUGGCUAGUCAACCAGAUAUUGUAGUUUUUGGCUCAUGUAUGGUUGAUUUAACCUGUUACUGUCCAAGAUUGCCAUUACCUGGUGAAACUAUACAUGGAACAGAUUUUAGGCUAGGAAAUGGAGGAAAAGGGGCUAAUCAGUGUGUUGCGGCUACCAAGUUGGGUGGAUCGACGGCCCUCAUAGCUAGGCUUGGCAACGACUCUUUUGGGCUGAAGUACAAAACUCAUUUGACAAGUAUGGGAAUAAAUACUGAACAUGUCACUCUUACUGAUGAUGUAACUUGUGGGAUGGCACAGAUUACCGUUGCAGAAAAUGGUGAAAAUGCUAUUGUGAUUGUGGCUGGUGCAAAUAAAAAGCUUUCAGUUGAUGAUGCUAAGAAAGCUGAAAACCUACUAAUGAAAUCAAAGGUGGUGCUUUUUCAAUUUGAAACACCUGUUGAAUCUACCAUUCAAACCUUAGAAUUUAUAAGUAGAAAAGGAGGGCCACUAACUAUUGUAAACGGAGCUCCAGCAUUAUCAAAUGUAAAUCAUAGAUUAUUUGAACUGUGUGACGUAUUUUGUGUAAAUGAAACUGAGGCAAGUUUAAUGACGGGUUUGCCUGUAACCUCAAUUAAGGAAUCAUAUGCUGCUAUUGAAAAGCUUCAUUCUUUUGGCUGCAAAACACUUAUUAUUACAUUAGGAGGAGAUGGUGCUGUUUUUUCUGAAAAUGGAAGUAAUCCCAAGCAUGUAACUGCGCCAUGUGUUAUUCCUGUUGACACUGUGGGAGCAGGUGAUGCAUUUAUCGGAGCAUUGGCAUAUAUGAUAGCUUCAUUACCAAAUACAAAGUUAUCUACCAAGAUAUCAAGAGCCUGUUCAAUCGCAUCAAUAAGCGUCAUGUCUAAAGGAACUCAAUCAAGUUUUCCUUUCAGAAAGGAUCUUCCCUCAGAAUUAUUUGUUGAUAAUGAUAGCUGAACUUCUUCUUUUCUUCUUUAACGACUGAAUGGCAAACCUACUUAUUUGCCCUUGCAUUAAAAGUGUUUCAGGUCCUUUUACACAGUUCAACCUCAACCUUCGUGAGCCUGGAUAUCCUAUGAGGACAUCCUUUCUCAAAGUCUCACUAUUUAAAGAUUUAAUUUUAAAAUAUUUUAUCCUUGAAAUGUCUGCGACUAUUAGUGUUAUUAAUUUGUUAUAAAAAUUGAGAAUUUUAAUUCAUGGAGCAGGAGUAUAAAUGUUAAUAUUUAUAGAUAGGCAAGACUUAAUGCCCUUUUUUUAACCCUGUUAUUUCUGUUUAAAAAAAUAUAAAUAAGAAAUAAAGAUAAAGAAUGAACAGAUUAUGCAUUUAUUUUUGUAAAAAUACAGAGAAAAUAUUUUGUUUUGAGGACAUUUAGUAUUGUUACUUUUUGUCCUGAAGUUGUAGAUUGGAAUAUUUGCAAAUAAAAUGGUUGCUUUUAAA